AGAAGAAAGGAUGCUAUUGGCUGUCCGGCUUGGUCUGUCAUCCAAUAAGAGCAGGCCGGCUCGGCGCCGUCGGGCGUCUUGACGCUGGAGCGGCUUGAGGAAACGGCGGUUUGUGAGCUCGGGUUCGUGUCGGAGUUGAGCUGCUCUCGGGUGGACGGGAGUCCCCGUUCCCCUGAGGCGUCCUUCAGCCUUAGUGAUGGCUCAUGAAGCAAUGGAAUAUAACAUUCAAGUGCAGGUGGAACAUCCUGCCUCAGAACAGCUUGUUCCUGAUGUGUUCGUAACCAGGCCAGGACAGUUUCUCAUCCUGCCGCCUCAUGUUGAAGUUGUCAGCAGCCAAGAGGGAUCACUUGUGAUCCAGCCUAAUCGUGUUGAAGUUGUGAACAGACAAGAGCAAGCACCCCUGCUUCAGCCUACUUCUGUUGAAGGGGCUGACAGCCAAGGGAUGCCCCCCUUGCUCCAGCCACCUCCUGCGGAUGUAGGCCACAGACACUUCAUAGUGCCCCUGCUUCCUCCUGCUCCCCAGGACUCUGUCAGCCAGCCGGAGGAAGUAGGCCUUGCCAGGGAGGUUUCUGUGGAGACCAUGGAUCCUGGAGCACCUGAGCAGCAUGGGCAGAUCCUGGCAGCUAACCACAAUUUCCAGGAGGCUUCAUUGGGUUCCGUGAGCAACUUCAUCAGUGGACUACAGAGACUUCACGGCAUGCUGGAAUUCCUGAGACCUCCCAAUGCAGAGCACAGUGUGGGGCCGGUGCGAGUGAGGAGAAGGGGGGCUGCUUCACGCAGAGCCAGAAUUGGAGGGUCGCAAAGGACCGAUAAUGCCAGAUUGAGAACACCACUGGAUGCUUAUUUCCAGGUGAGCAGGACCCAGCCUCCCAUGUCCGAUACCACUGAUAAUUCAGACACUAGGAAUCCUGUGCCUGAAAAUUUGGUUCUGUCAAGUGGUUCUGCUUCUGACAGUGAUAGCUCUGCAGAGAAUGAAGAAGUGGUUGCCCAGCCAGAGCAACCUGGAGAUGUCAUUUUAGAAGAGCAAGAAGGAGGUGUCUCAACAGAGCAAGAAGCUACAUGUACCGAUGAAGGCAGGGUUGCCUCUGAACAGUCUCGCAGUGGGUCCAGCCCUGUCGCACCUUCUGCUUCUGUUGAUGAUGAAGAAGGGGACACAUGCACGAUUUGUUUGGAACAGUGGACUAAUGCUGGGGAACACCGGCUGACAGCACUACGUUGUGGGCAUCUUUUUGGGUAUAAGUGCAUUUCUAAGUGGCUCAAAGGACAAGCACGAAAAUGUCCCCAGUGCAAUAAGAAAGCCAAGCACAGUGACAUUGUUGUUCUUUAUGCCCGAAAUCUGAGAGCUUUGGACACGAGUGAACAGGAGCAGCUCAAGAGUUCCUUACUGAAGGAGCAAAUGCUUAGGAAGCAUGCUGAGUUAGAAUCAGCCCAGUGCCGGCUGCAACUCGAGGUCCUCACUAAUGAAUGCACUAAACUGCAGAGUCGUAUUCAGGACUUGCAAACCCUGAUUCUGCAACAUAGGGAGCAGACUUUACAGCAGCCCGGAGGCUCUCAGGCACAGUCCCUGGGCUGCCAGCCUUCCAGCCAGGGGCAGCACAAGUACCACUUCGAGAAGACCUUCCCAGUGUCUCAGACAGGAAACUGCCGGAUCAUGGCAUACUGUGAUUCUCUUAGCUGCCUGGUGGUGUCGCAGCCUUCUCCUCAGGCCUCGUUCCUUCCAGGCUUUGGUGUUAAGAUGUUGAGUACUGCCAACAUGAAAAGCACUCAGUACAUUCCAAUGCAUAGCAAACAGAUCCGUGGUUUGGCUUUCAACACCCGGUCUAAAGGCUUGCUGCUUUCUGCUUCCCUGGACAAUACAAUUAAACUGACCAGCCUGGAGACAAAUACUGUGGUGCAGACUUACAAUACUGGACGGCCUGUUUGGAGCUGUUGCUGGUGUCUCGAUGAAAACCAUUUUUUCUAUGCUGGACUGGUCAGCGGUUCAAUCCUUGUAUAUGACCUGCGAAAUACAAGAUGUCACGUCCAGGAAUUGGUCUCUCAGAGAGCCAGAUGCCCAAUGGUAUCCCUGUCAUACAUACCCAAAGCUGCCUCAGCUGCCUUUCCAUACGGUGGGGUACUGGCUGGAACCUUGGAGAAUGCUUGCUUCUGGGAGCUGAAAGCAGGCCUUCUGCAUUGGCCUUAUUCACUGCCCUUGGAGCAAGGGGGCUGCAUAGACUUUCAGACCGAGAGCAGCACCCGGCACUGUCUUGUGACCUUCAGGCCAGAUAAAAACCACAACACUAUGAGAAGUGUGCUGAUGGAGAUGUCGCACAGGAUAAACGAUGCUGGAGACCGUGUCUGCCUCUGCAAUCCUGUACAGACGUUCCAUGGUGGCCCCACUUGCAAACUACUUACCAAAAAUGCCAUCUUCCAAAGUCCAAAGCAUGAUGGCAGCCUUUUGGUGUGCACUGGGGAUGAAGCAUCAAAUUCUGCCUUGCUGUGGGAUGCUGGCAGUGGCUCCAAGUUGCAGGACCUGCAGACUGAUCAGCCUGUGUUGGAUAUCUGCCCAUUUGAGGUGAACCAUAGUAGCUACUUGGCCACCUUAACAGAGAAGACCGUCCACCUGUAUAGGUGGCAGUGACCUUAGUUUUGAACUUUCAGAUGUGCUGAUGAUGUUAAUGUUAAAUGUUCUUUGCUGGCACCUGGCAGUGCUCAGUAAUACUCCUUGGUAUUACUUGUGGACUAGAAUUUGGGGACCAUGAUUCUUUUGGAGCAGUGUGAUUCUGGAGCGCCAGGUCAUUGAGACACUCUGGAUUAUCUGUCUGCUAUGUCCCUGGAGUGGUGGUACUCCAUCUACAUUAUCCAUUUCUCGGGUUAUAAGCCUUUGUGAGUCCU